GAGUGUACGCAUGCGCUUCUAGAAGUUGUUAUAAAAGUCUAACAGUAGAGAGCAUUCAGAAACAAUCUAGUUGAUAAAAUUUUUGUAAUUAUUUUUAUUUUAAUUAAUAGUUGCUAUGGCAACAAAAUUUUAGUUUCUUUCAAUACUGAUCAUUUACGUGAUUUAUUAUUAAUCAUAUUUGAACAAUAUAACUUUUGUCUCAAUAUAUAUUUCUUAGCAAGGAUUUAUUAAGAAUUCCGAUUUUUUAUUAAUACGAAAUCGUUCUAUCUCCAAUGAUAAAAAUGACAACGAAAACGGUAGCAUUAAAAAAGUCUCUUCAUAAGUCGAAAAUGUUAUUGUUUACGCUUGUUCGUAAUUUAAGUACAUCCUCAAUUAGUAACGAUGCGGUUCGUAUGAAAACAUUUUCCAUCUACCGCUGGAGUCCGGAUGAACCAGAUAAGAAACCUUAUAUGAAAGAUUUUCAUGUAGAUCUGAAUAGUUGUGGACCUAUGGUUCUGGAUGCAUUAAUAAAAAUAAAAAAUGACAUAGACCCAAGCUUAACAUUCCGUCGGUCUUGUCGUGAAGGAAUAUGCGGAUCUUGCGCUAUGAACAUAGAAGGGAUUAAUACAUUGGCUUGCAUUAGUUCAAUAGAUUCUAAUGUAAAUAAAAUAAGUCAAAUCUAUCCUCUUCCACAUAUGUAUAUCAUAAAAGAUCUCGUGCCGGAUAUGAAUAACUUUUAUCAACAAUAUCGCAGUAUACAGCCAUGGUUACAAAGAGAUAAAUCAGAAAAAAUUGGAUCUCUUCAGUAUCUACAAAGCGUUGCAGAUCGAAAAAAACUUGAUGGAUUAUAUGAAUGUAUAUUAUGUGCAUGCUGCAGUACGUCGUGUCCUUCUUAUUGGUGGAACGGAGAUAAAUAUCUUGGCCCUGCUGUGUUGAUGCAGGCUUACCGAUGGAUAAUUGAUUCACGUGAUACUGCUACAACAGGACGCUUGGAAAAAUUGAAAGAUCCGUAUUCUCUUUAUCGUUGCCAUACAAUUAUGAAUUGUACACGAACUUGUCCAAAGGGUCUGAAUCCAGGUAGAGCCAUUGCAGAAAUCAAGAAGCAUUUAGCUAAUCUCAAUUACAAAAAUAAAUCUAAAAUAUACUAAGAUAGACAGAGAAUGAAUUAUCGAUUUAAUUAUCAAAGAUAUGACGUAAAAUCUCAAAUUAGCUAGUGUUAUAUUUAAAACUAUAUUAUUUUUGAAUAUUGAGAUGAUUCAAAAUUUGGACAUGCUCAUUCCUAUCCUUCUUCUUUGUUGUCUUCUUUGAAGAUUUCAUAAUAGCUAUAAUUUCUAUUAAUUUCUUUCUCCUGUACUAAUUUUAAUAUUAUAUAUGAAUUAUUUUUGUUCAAGAAUUAGUAAGUAAAUAAAGUGUAGAUUUCAAAAAGUUACCACACAAAAUGAGAA